AUGCGCUACAGGCUCGUAGAUGUUUUCCACUUUGUUUCACAUUUCGUUUUUGCACGUUCGUUAGCUAUCUCAGAUGCGUCUCCACAUUCCAGUCAGCCAGACCCUGCAUGGAAUGGCCAAUUACUACCUGGUGUAGUAACUUCGGAGGCCAACAACGUUCCCUUCCUACCUUACUAUGUGCCUGCAGGUGAUCAGUCGAUCGAUGACGCAUCUUCGGCUGUCGAAUACUCUCCUGGUUUUGUUUCUCAGCAUGAUCUCCACUUUAUCGGUGGUACUCAGCACAUCUCUCAUGUCCCUUCAUCUACUGUGACUCUUCGAUUCUUCGGUGGUCGGGUGGAGUGCUUUGGACAAACUUCGCCUCAUCAUGGCCAAGGCAAUGUCUUUGUUGAUGGACAUCUUGUAGCUAUCAUCGACGCGUACUCUCCUAAACUGUACAAUCAGCAACGAAUCCUCAACCUUGACGGCUUGAAACGCGCGCAUCACACUUUGCGUAUCAUCUUUACGGGGAGUAGCCACCCUACGGUCUCGGGACCCUUUCUUAGUAUCGACGCGUUUGUUGUGGGGCCUCAGACUGAUCAUCAAGCCCGCGAUCUUCCGCGUCCAACCGCUUCUGGUUCAUGGCGUCUGACUCGGGAGGGGACUACUGGAGUUGCUGCCAUGCAGCUCGCCGUUGUAUCUGACAAACAUGCUGUCAUCAUUGACAAGGUCGAGCACAAUCCUCUGUCCAUCUCUGGCCAUCCUGCUUGGGGCGCGCUUUAUGACUUGGAAAAGAACACAAUAAUGCCAUUGGAUUUGCUCAGUAAUUCGUUCUGUGCUGGAGGGAGUUGGCUGUCUAAUGGGACUCUUCUGAACGUGGGGGGAAAUCCUGUCGUUGCAGAUAAAACGGGCGCUGCGGACUUCGGGGAUUUCAAUGGUCUUCAGUCUGUGAGAAUGCUGCAUCCAUGUGAUUCCGGCGAAUGUAAUAUCUAUGAAGAACCGAACCGAAUACGCCUGGCCACCCCAAGGUGGUACAAUUCCGUCACUCGACUGGAAGAUGGGUCUGUCAUGAUUAUAGGCGGAUCCUUCAGAGGUGGCUGGAUGAACAACAGGACUACAAACAACCCGACUAUCGAAUAUUGGCCUCCGAAAAACCUUCACGGACAAAACGGGCUUCCCAUUCGGCUCCAGUUUCUCAUUCGAACUUUGAAUGCGAACUUAUUCCCGAUCGCCUUCACUUUGCCCGAUGGCCGUGUAUUCCUAGCAGCGAAUCGCGACGCUAUCAUCUAUGAUUGGAAGAAGAAUACAGAAUUACAGCUACCCAAAAUCCCAAACCGUGUCCAAGUCAUGAUCUGUGGUGGUUCAAAUAUUGAUGACACUCGCCCCAGUUAUGAGAUCUCUUCUUCAGAACUUGCGUCCAAUCAGUGCAGCAGGAUUGCGCUCUCUGAAAGCGGGAUCAAGAAUGGAUGGACCGUUGAAUAUAUGCCUGUGCCCCGAAUAAUGCCGGAUGCUGUGACGCUUCCUGAUGGGAAGAUCUUGAUCCUUAAUGGUGCUCGAAGUGGUAUCGCUGGCUAUGGGAACGUUAAGGGCCGGAUGGGCCAGAGCAAUGCUGCAAAUCCCGUCUUUCAAUCAAUCCUGUAUGAUCCAACGGCACCCAUUGGUCAACGGUUCUCAAGCAGUGGCAUCCCUCCAUCAGGGAUUCCUCGUCUGUAUCAUUCCGUGGCUUCUUUGACUCCGAGUGGCGCUAUCAUGAUCGCUGGCUCUAAUCCUAAUCUUGACCGGUCUAACGCGGAGUAUGGGACUGAAUACAGAGUUGAAUGGCUAUAUCCUCCGUAUACGGCAGCAAAACGACCGAUCUACACUGGCGUUCCCUCGAAACUUGGCUAUGGGAAGUCGUUCGUUCUUCAUCUCCCCAAUGUCGAAAAGUUUCGAUCAGCUGAUGUUGCUCUGAUGGAUCUAGGUUUUGUUACCCAUGGAUUGCACAUGAAUGCACGACUUGUUUACCUGAAGUGUUCCGUCGUUGCCAAAGAUUCACGUGUACUUCAAGUAUAUGGUCCGUCUAGCGCUGGGCUUUAUCCUCCCGGACCUGCCUGGCUGUAUGUCUUGAUAGACGGGAUUCCGAGUGUUGGGAAGAAGGUUAUGGUUGGUGAUGGUGAAGGGCCGCCAGUUGAUCAAGCAGCUAUUGAUAAUAUGUUGGCGAAAACGACCGUGGUGGACAAACUUCACCCUCCCAUGGGUUCGACGUCGGAGAGGUAA